CAGCAUUUGUUAACAAAUACUGCCAUGCAGUAAAAAAAAAAUAAUUGGCAGAGCAAAACACUUACUGAUUCCUGCAUGUGACUACAACUACAGGUUUAAGCGUCCUUGUUGCUGUGAACCAAAAUCAAACAAGAUAAAUGAGGAGAGUUUUUUCAAAAGGAGGUUUCAUUAUUUCUUUCCAGAGAAGAAAAUAUGUUUGAUAGUUUUGGACUCAUUUGCAUGAUUUGGUGGUGUGUGAUGCUCUUUCAUCCUUUGCAUGCUGACAUCCAGUGUAUGGAGUCAGAAGCACAGAAAUCACCUAUUACAAAUGUGAAUGUGGACUGGAGAAAAAUGGAACUGUCCUGGGAGAGCAGCAAGAAUUUUUCUAUGUAUAAAUGUACCAUCAUGAACUGGGACAUGGAAAGCAUAGAGAAAGAGGUGAAUAGUCCACUAUACAGGUUUCCAGCGGAACUGUACAUGCCUCUGCACAAAGGGGUAUUCUUUAUCAUUGAAGUGCCAAACACAAACAUCUCAAAAAAAUGCACCUUUCUCCCUGGAGGCAUGAAUGGGUCAGCCAUUGAAAAUUUCUCCUGUGUGAUUUAUAACAUUUGCCUCAUGAACUGCACUUGGCAGGCAGGAAGGGGUGCUCCAGCAGAUACACAGUAUUUUCUCUACUGGCAGAACUCAAGAGAUGAUGGGGAGAUGGAAUGUGAGCUUUACAUUAAAGACGAAAAUGGCAGAAACAUGGGAUGUAGAUUCCAAAAUGUGAAGAUAAUUGGAAAAGCUUACUUCAUGGUGAAUGGAUCUAGCAAAGACUCCCUGAUCCAGUUCUAUGAUGAGUACAUUGAACUGUAUAAAAUUGAAAUACUCGCUGCUCCAUUAAAUGUCACUGCCCAUUGUACUGGAGAUCCAGCGGGUUGCAUAAUUACAUGGCAUCCACCCCUUACAAGUCACGUGAAAAAAGUAAAGUGUUUUCAGUAUGAAAUUAACAUACAAAAUAAGGAUGAACCCAAAGAAGAGAAAAUGGUUGUAAGGAAUUAUAGAUAUGAAUUCCAAAAUUACAAUGAGAAAAAACGAUACAUUCUGAAAAUCAGAGCACGUGGAACAAAAUGUCUCGUAAGCUCAAAGUGGGGGGAAUGGAGUGAACCCAUUGAGUUUGGUCAAGGGAAAGAUUACUUUAUUUUUGUGAUUUUAUUUCUAAUAGCACUUGGAACAAUAUCAGUGACAGUGCUCCUGUAUUGUCUUUUCAAAAGGUAAAUCAACCUUUUUUUCUGUAGAUACUAUUGAUAGACUAUUAUCUCUACGAAACAUAUUCCUUCAAUCUCCUACUUUCCUACCUGCAAAUUUAAAUAAUCUGAUUAUCAGUGUCAAAAUGUAUUACCGCCAGUAUUGUUGUGGAUGGUCCUUUGGCACACAAAAUCACUACAAGUGAAAAAUGGGGAAAGGAUAUUGAAGUUACUAAGUGGAUCCUGGAUUCCACCAGAUCCUACAAAAGCUAUUGUGUUCUUACUUUUAAGCAUUUAACAUCCAGGUUGCUUUGAAGCCACUGGCUGCAUACAGUACCAGACAAGAGGGAAUCCGGACAAAUUAACGUAUUGUUAUUUUGAUAAAACUUCUCACUCAGUGGUUAAAGACAGUUAUGUCAUGUGAUUUAUUCAAAGUCAUUGAUUAAUAAAGUAUUUAUUUUGACUCUCAUCACAAAAUAAAUUUUAGUUACCCAAGUGAUAAGUAUACUAAUAGUUACCCACCAGUUAACCCACUCAAAAUAUUUUUAUUUUCACUUAAUUUGUAGAGCAAUAGCUAUUCAAUCUUAAAAUGAAAGAAUGUCCUUAAAUUACAACACACAAUGUUUGUGUAAGUUAUAUUACCAGUAUUUUAAAUUUCUCCACAAUGCCAUUUUCUAUCCAAAGGUAUUGCAGUUUCAAGAACAUACUUCCUCCUAUACCACAACCGAGAGACAAAUUUAAUGCAUUAACCGAUGAAGAUAUCCAGGUAUGGUUUCUUUUUAAUUCAGUCAAAUUUGUUAACUCUAAACCACAAUAGGCCAAAGACUAGAACUGACAUAUAAAGAUAAGUGUUACAUUUGGUCCAAUGAAGACCACUGCCUGUCAUGCAAGGUACGCUGCUUUGAAACCUGAAAUGCCAGUGCUGAGACAAAUGAUUAUCCUGUUGGUAUUUGCAGCCAUAUUUUAAGACCAGAGUUUUCACUUUUACGGAGAACGGUAAUUUCUGUGCAUACAAGCUCUACAAGGCUGCUAUUCAUACUUUGAAAAUAACCCAAGAAAACAUUUUCCAUUAGCAUUUUCAAACAUCAAUCACACAAUACAUAAUACAAUGUGAAUAUGUAUUUUAUAACCCUGAUCAACCCCACGUAAAAAUCCUGUCACACUGAAUAAUGAAAAUCAACAGGGCUGGGAAGGCUCAACAGCUUAACUAGUCUUCCUCUCGCACCAGCACAGGAUUAGUGAUUUCAGUGCUUUGUGCAAACUGUAUUUGACCAAUAUACUGUAGCAUCCCUAUGUACCCUAUUCUAUAUUUUUAACUAUCCUCACUUUUAAAAAGCUUUUUAAUAGCCUGUUUUACUGCACUUAAAAUCCAUUACGUUUUAUCCUUAUUCCUUUCCUGUUUACAGUAUCUUACACACUGUUAACAGCAAGUAACUCUUCCUGUCUUUCUACACGUCAUGACAACCAGGCUUCAAACCAUCGAUGCUUCUCAAAUUGUGCAUUUGGGCAGUGGUUGUAUGGUGAUUGCAUUGUGAGGGAAUGCUUUGUCUCAGCUGGCUAAAGCAAAGUCAAUAAAUCAGGCUAGUCAUUUACUGCCUACAAUUCAGUGGCAACACAAUGCUUUUCAAUGAGGCUUUCAAAAGUGGCACAGAAAUUUUCCUUGAACUGUUUACAAAGAAUCCUCAAAGCUCUGACUACUAAAACUCUCUAGUUUUGCAACUAUAUACCAGCACAUUGUCCUAUUUAAUUUAUCUUUUGGUGCUACCACCUUUGACUUUCACAGAAAGCAGGUAGGAAUGUGACAUGGAUAGGUUUCCUCAUACACCUUAAGUCAUAAAUACCUGGUGUCUCACUUCAUACCAGGCUUCUAGAGCAUAAGCCAUCCACAGUCCAUCAUAUUAAAUAAUAAGAGUUAGUACAGUAGCAAGCAGUCUUUCAAAAAUUGCAGACUCUCCAGACUGCUUGCUUUUCCUAAACUUGAGGGGCUUCCAAAUUUCUGUGCAUAUACCACCAGACUUAAAUCAAAUCACUCCAUUACAGCCCAAAGGCCUUUGUCAAUGUGGUUUCUAAAUGCUGGCACGGGUUCUUCCAUGCAGGCAACAAUUUAACAGCAGCAGUUGCCAGAGUUCAAGUGAAGCCCUCAGGUUGCCUUAUACCUGUCAACAGGCACUGUGAAGGUAAUUCAUACGAUUAUGACAUGUUUAAACAGCUUCUAGACUCUUCUUUGCCCAUUUUGAUCUAGUCUUAAAGUCUAAUUUUAUUAUUAUACUUCUUCCCUCCAAACUCAGGUAUCUUUUUAACACUGAUUGAAUGCUGCAAUUCUUUAAAGCAGAAAAUAAAGUACAAAACCAGUAUUUUCAAGAUCUCUCCUCUACUGAACACCAGAACACUCUCGCCCUGAUAUUUAGUGCUAAUGGAUUUAUGAGUUAUUUUGAAACACCC